AUGGCUUCUUCUUCCUCCGACUUUCCUCCGCUUCCAUCUUCCUCUGUGCUUGGCCCGUCGCCUGCGGGUCUAUCCUAUGCGGCUAACGUCUCGGCUUCUUCCUCUUCACCGGCUCCGUUUCCGAUGUCCUUCUACUCUCCCGGAAAAAAGCUUUCUUUCAAAGCUGACGAUCUUUCGGAAGGGAAGACUAUCUGGACUUCGACUUUGAUCGGCUAUUCGCUAGGUCCCAGACCUUAUUACGAGCGACUACUCAAAGCUAUGCAAAAUCUAUGGCCUUUAAAAGGUUCUACGACUCUUCUAUCUCUAGCCGAUGGCUUUUUCUUGCUUAAGUUCUCUAUGGUGGAAGACCUUGAGAUGGUUCUUUCGGGAGGGCCGUGGUUUCUGUUGGGAAAGCCGUUCAUUCUCCAGCGUUGGUCCCCUAGGUUCAAGCCGAAGCGUGAUGAGGAUGCGCCUAUUCCGAUUUGGAUCAAAAUCGUAGACUUCCCUCUGGUGCUCUGGACUCCCACUGGCAUUUCCAAGAUCUCGAGCUAUAUAGGUAUACCAAUUUCAGUUGAUGCUCUUACUGCAAAUCGUACCAGACUGACUUAUGCUCGGGUAUGUGUUCUUAUUACCAAGGAUUCUGCAUUACCUGAUGAAAUUCCUCUUGAAAUUGAUGGAGAGGAUUUAGUUUUAAAUGUUAUAUAUGACUGGAAACCUGAAAAGUGUGAAGGCUGUGGCUCUAUUAUACAUCCUUAUUCUCUAUGUCCCAAAAACCCAAAUCCUCACCCGAUUCUCCCUCCCCAGCCGCCUAGGAAUAGAGGCCGAAGCUCCUCUAGACCUCACUAUACCAGACCACACAGAUCACCUUCUAAAAAGCCACCUACAAAAAUCAACAAUGCUGUUAUCACUAUCCCAACCCCAGCUCUGCCACCUACUCCAUCUCUUCCAUUUCAACCUUCGGCUACCCAGUCCGAUGCCGUCCAGUUUGUUGACACCCACACUAUUCCAACCUCCCAUCCUGUUCUGAUCCCUCCAACAUCCUGCUUGGUUACGUCGCUGGCUAACCAGCCUUCUUCCUCUCGGCAACCUCCUGUAACUGACCCUUUGCCAUCCUCGGCUAAUGCCUCCCCUUUACCUAAUCUAAAUUCUCCUACAGAAGAAACUUCCUCUUCUGGUCUACCAGCCUCCCCCCGACUUUUACAGCCCCCAAAAAUUCCUCUCCUAAACAAGUUUGCUUCCUUGCAAACUGAAGAACACACAUCUCAUGAUACUUCGGAAUCCUUUUCUGAGACUGAUACCAACUCCGGCUUCAUCGCUGAGAAAGACCAGUCCUCUAUUCAACGUCUCUUGAACAAUGUUGAACAAAACCAUCACAACACUAGAUCCACAGCCGACAAAGGGAAAUCUCCCAGCAAGUCCAAACCUCCUAAGGGAAAAUCGGCCAAGAAGGCCAAAGCUCACAACUUUUAA